AUGAUGUACCGCAUGAGCCACGUGGGAUUUCUGAGCCCGGACAGUAUCUGUCGUAGCUUUGACCAUCGUGCCAAUGGAUACGCUCGCAGGGAAGGAGUUGGGACACUCAUUCUCAAGUCCGUUUCAGAUGCCAUUCGAGACGCGGACACUAUGCGGGCAGUGGUCCGAGGAACAGGGUCAAACCAGAACGGCCACACCCCUGGCAUGCCGGUCCCUGGUUACAAACGCCAAGAGCAGCUUAUACGGAGCGUCUACGCCCAGUCAGGGCUGAAACUGGAGGAAACUGCGUACGUAUGUCGAGGCUCGUGGUACGGGGACGCCGUUGUGGGAGCCGUUAAAUCGGUCAUCGGCCAUUUGGAAGGAGCGUCUGGUCUGGCUGGUCUGAUCAAGACAGUCUUUGUUCUCGAGCGAGGUAUAAUCCCACCGAAUGUGAAAUUUGAGGGAGUGAAUCCAAAGAUUCCGGCCGAGAAACGGCAUUUUCAGUUCCCUCAGGUAGUUAUGCCACGGCCGGGUCCGGGCUUACGACGGGCCUUUGUCAGCUCAUUCGGUUCUCGCAAGGAGCAACUUCUACGGGAUGCCGAACCUAGUGUCGACCAACCCGAUCUCAGCCAAGACGUCUCGACAGUGAUUCAGACUAGUCUGAUUGACCUUCUAUGCCAGAAGAAUUUUCACCCACACACAAAGUGGUUGGUCGUUCUUCGGGGGGAAAUGCCGCGGCCUACUGUGUAG